GGGUGGCGCGCGCUGCAGCUGUGGGCUUGGGCACCGCGCGGGCUAUGGCGUCCCCAGCGUCCUCGGCGCCCGGCGGGGUGGCAGUAGUCGGCAGUGGCCUCAUCGGGCGAAGCUGGGCGAUGCUGUUCGCCAGCGCAGGCUUCAAGGUGAAACUGUACGACAUUGAGCAACGGCAGGUAACAUACGCCCUGGACAGCAUCAGAAAAGAGAUGAAGUUGCUGGAGCAGUCGGGCUCCCUGAAAGGCUCGCUGAGCGCGGAGGAGCAGCUGUCACUCAUCAGCAGUUGUUCCGACAUCCGGGAGGCGGUAGAGGGCGCCCUGCACGUCCAGGAAUGUGUUCCAGAAAACCUAGAGCUGAAGGAGCAGCUUUUUGCUCAGCUGGAUGGGAUCGUUGGUGACCAAGUUGUCCUGAGCAGCUCCAGCUCCUGCCUCCUGCCCUCCAGGCUGUUCUCCGGCUUGGUACACGUGAAACAGUGCCUUGUGGCGCAUCCUGUAAAUCCACCCUACUACGUCCCGUUGGUGGAGCUGGUCCCACACCCAGAGACGGCCCCUGCGACGGUGGACAGAACCUACGCCCUGAUGCGGAAGAUCGGACAGUCCCCGGUCAGACUCACCAAGGAGGUGGACGGCUUCGCUCUGAAUCGUCUCCAGUAUGCCAUCAUCAGCGAGGCCUGGAGGCUCGUGGAGGAAGGAGUAGUGUCCCCGGGCGACCUUGACCUCGUCAUGUCGGACGGCCUGGGCAUGCGGUACGCGUUCAUUGGGCCCCUGGAAACCAUGCACCUCAACGCCGAAGGUAUGUUAAGCUACUGUGACAGGUACAGCGAGGGCAUGAAACAUGUCCUAAAGACUUUUGGACCCAUUCCAGAGUUUUCCGGGGCCGCAGCUGAAAAAGUGCACCAGGCCAUGUGCGUGAAGGUUCCAGAUGACCCGGAGCACUUAGCUGCCAGGAGGGAGUGGAGGGACAGGUGCCUCAUGAGACUUGCCAGACUGAAGAGCCAGCUGCAGCCCCAGUGAAGCCUC